GGGGCUGAUGCCGCGAACGCUCGACAGCCAGAUCACGUUAGAGAAGACGCCCAGCUACUUCGUGACGAGGGAGGCGCCGCGCCGCAUCUCCGGCAUGUCUCAUGAAACCAAGCUGAUUGUCGUGGUGAGAAACCCCGUCACGAGAGCCAUCUCAGACUACACACAGACUCUUUCUAAGAAGCCUGACAUCCCAACGUUUGAGGAGCUUGCUUUUAAGAACAGAAGUUUGGGUCUUGUAGACACUUCUUGGAACGCCAUUCGAAUCGGGAUGUAUAUUCUGCACCUGGAGAACUGGCUGCAGUACUUCCGCUUGUCGCAAAUGCAUUUUGUGAGCGGCGAGCGGCUGAUAACGGAUCCGGCUGGCGAAAUGGGCCGUGUUCAGGACUUCCUAGGACUCAAACGAAUAAUCACAGACAAGCACUUCUACUUCAAUCGAACCAAAGGUUUCCCCUGCCUAAAAAAGCCGGAGAGCAGCAGUCAGCCGCGAUGCCUCGGCAAAUCCAAGGGCAGAACUCACGUACAAAUUGACCCGGAGGUCAUAGAGCAGCUGCAAGAAUUUUAUAGGCCUUUUAACAUAAAAUUCUAUGAAACUGUGGGACAAGACUUCAAGUGGGACUGA